AUGACCUGUACGCUCACCACGGACCACGCCAGUCCCUCAUACACAAAGGUAUCUGCACUAUUGGACACGGGAGCUGACGUCACCGUCAUCGCGCACCGCGACCGGCCUCCUACCUGGCCCUUGGUAUGGAAUACAACGGGAGCGGCUAUCGUGCUCUUAGGCGACAGUUUCAUCCGUCUCAUGCUGAGGCACGUGCCGCUGUUGCGGCUUGCCCUGACUGUCAGGGCCACCGUGUCCCUCGUUAUUACGGGACCGAUCCCAGAGGGCUUCGAGCCCUUCGGAUUUGGCAAACGGACGUUACCCACAUUGGCAGCCUUGGAAAUAACAGAAAUAAACAAGUUAACGGCACAAGUUAUCCAGACUCCUUUAAAAAUCAUCAGGAAAGCGGAAAAAUCGGAACUGGAUAUCGAAGCUAUCGAAGAAGAAGGAGAAGGAGAGCCUCCUUUGCUUCCUCCAGCAACGAAACCCCACAACAGCCAGUGUCUUCCAGAGCUAGACGCUGAAAACAUUAAUCCGAGAACUGGAAAGGUGAAGGCGUCCACUAAGAAAGCGCCGGUGUCCAGGAGCAGGAGAGCCCCUUCGGCGAGAGUGAAGCGCAUGAGUAAAAGAUCGAGCAGAACCAACUUCGUCACUCCGGCUGCUGGUAGAGUUGUUGACCUCUGUGCUCCGGGAGGUACCUCCGUGGUCACAACCAAAUUUGAUUCCAGAGUUUUCAAGACACCGGGUUUGCGCAUACCCGCGGUCAAUGAACGCGUUUACACCAUCUCCGCCAACGGCAGCCCCCUCGCUGACAGCAACGAUAUCUUCAUUACAGUCCCUGUUGGAGGAGGGGAGAGCAUUCGUUUAACAGCAAGUGAUUUGACGAAGAAGAAUCUCCUUCAUCUGAAUCCGGAGGCCCAGGGAAUUAUGAAGAAGCUGUCGGUUCGUCUCGCGCAAGCUUGCAGCGGUGCAAAAACCUACAGAUGA